GGCACAUGCGUGCAGCUGUUGUCCUCUCCCAGCUGGAAGCUCUGUAAAUGCAGAACAGAGGUUGUGCACAGACUUCAGACGGACAGAGACGAAUGGGCUGAAUGCAAAGCAACGCUCGAGCAAUCCUUGGACACGUACAAACUGACACCAUGGAUGAAGCUGUGUGGAGGUUUCCUCAUGCCUCUCCGACAGAUCUGCAGUAGGAUGCAGAUCUGUGUCUCCAUCUGGACGCUCCCACAGAUGACUUCCCACCUCUGCUUACUCAUCCUGUCCAGCUUUGCUGUCUCAUCUGAACUGGGUUUGGAGGAUGUUUUCUUCAGUCCGCAGGUCCAGACGGUCAGAGAAGGAGUGGGAGUUUUCUUCCAGUGUGUGUCAGGAGAAAGUUCUCCUCCUGCCAGCAUCACCUGGCUCAAAGACGGGGCGUUAGUCACAAAAGGGAGACACAUUCAGGGGGAAUAUGGAGGUGGUAAUCAGAAGAAGACCUCAGGCACUCUGCAUCUUUUCAACGUCACAUUAGAGGAUGAAGGGCUAUACAUUUGUGUAACGCACAAUCCUUUACUGAACAUCAGCAAGAAGAGCAAGCCGGCUCAACUAACUGUGCAGGGGGUCCCUAGAAGGCUGCAGUUCAUCCACGGCCCAGACAGCAUCACCGUUGUUAUGGGAACAGAGGUCUCCAUGCACUGCGCUGUCCGCGGCUUCCCUGUUCCCAUGGUGCACUGGUUCAAAGACGGCUGCCUCCUGUCCAACUGCUCGUCCUCGUUCAGCCUGCAGAACAAUGGACAGCUGCUCACAUUCAGUAACGUGACCCGGGAGCACGAGGGCUCGUAUCACUGUGAAGUGUCAAACCACAAAGAGACCAUCAAGUCGCAGCCUGCCUUCCUGCUGACCGCCGAUAUGGAAUGGAGUUUCGUCCAGCAGCCUGUAAACCAGACGGUAAAGAGGGGAGAAAAUGUUACAGUCACCUGCAGACCCCCAUACAGCCGACCAGCAGCACAGGUGGCCUGGUUCAAAAACAGCCAGCUUCUCUCUCCUAAAGGCCAUCAGACCAUGCUGCCCAGUGGAGACCUCUUCUUCUACAGUGGACAAAAUCGACCUGACAUGCAUCCCGGGGUCUCUAUCGGAGACUUUGAGCUGGAAGUUGCUGACCUGAAGGCAUCAGACAUGUGGAUGAGUAAGUUCAAGUCACUUAAUGGAGAGUUGGAAAGUCUUGCGCGACAGCGAGCAGAGCUGGCGAGGGAACACGGGAAGUGGACAGAAAUGAAAAAUCUUCAACCUGAAGACCAGCUGAUUCUUAAAACUUGGAACGAGCUUCCUGUGACACACCACACAAUGCAGCGUUCAUUCUCGCAUAUGAGGAACAUUAAGACCAACCUACGCUCACGUUUAACUGAUGGAAGCCUCAACGCCUGCAUGAAGCUCAACCUCACCACGUAUGAACCAGACUACAAGGCCAUCAGCAAAACCAUGCAGCACCAGAUGUCGCAUUAA